AUGGGACCUACCUCUUUCCACUCUUCCAUCCUCAACGUCCAGCUACCAAAAUAUUUCGACAAGUCAACAGACAUGAGGUACGAUGGCACCCAAGACCCCCCAGAACACCUGACGACUUUUGAGGCCAAGAUGAACCUGGAAGGUGUCGGCGAUGUAGUGAGGUGCCGAGCUUUCCCGAUAACGUUAGCAGGUCCCGCAAUCCAAUGGUUCAACGCGCUUCCGCAGGGGUCCAUUAUGGCCUUCUCGGAUAUAAGUCACAGUUUUCUAGCACAGUUUACCACUUGCAUCGCCAAGGCCAAACACACGAUCAACCUUCUAGGCAUCACCCAGAGAAACAGAGAACUGACCCAGAAAUUCCUAAAUAGGUUCAAUGAUGAAUGCCUGGAAAUCGAUGGCUUGACCCACUCGGUAGCCAGCCUAUGUUUGACGAAUGGGUUGCUGAAUGAAGACUUAAGGAAACACCUCACCACUAAACCCGUCUGA